AUGUGGCCAUGCACGGCCAAUUAUCCCAUAUGCACACCAAAUGAGAUAGAUUCGCGGUCUUAUGAUUAUGUUGUGGUAGGAGGUGUGUCGCCUUUCCCGUUUUCCUCUAUUCUUUUCCAUACGAUCGGUGCUGAUAUCUUGCAAAAAGGGGCACAGCGGGUUGUGUUUUAGCAUCCAGAUUGAGCGAGAAUCCCGAAAUCUCAGUUCUCGUCCUUGAACGUGGGCCAAUAAAUGACAAUUGGCUCUCACAAAUUCCAAUUGUUUCAAGCAAUAUUCUUCGUGCCGACGGGGGCGCAUCCAGCUGGCUUUGUGAGCCCAUGAAAUUCUGUAAUAACCGCCGGAGCCUCUUCUUCUGUGGUGAACUCAUGGGUGGCGGGUCAAGAAUGUAAACGACUUACGCUCUAUUGGAAGCGCGCUCUGCGUCCCCCUGAAAGCAACAGUGCUAAUAGAUUAUUAGUAAUAGCAUGGUAUACUCCCGUGGGAGUAAGACAGACUUUGACGCAUGGGCUGCCCUUGGUCAUCCCGAGUAAGCAAUUGAAAUCUCUACUUAUACUCGCCCUCGAUGCUUCAUUAUACCCCGUCUUCAUCAAACGACUGGCUAUACUGCGCAUUCAGCUUGUUUGUGGAGCGAACGCCCGGUCUAUUAGGUGGAUCUAUGAAAAGGUCUUGCCGUAUUUCGUCAAAGGGGAAAAGGCGCUCGACCAGCCCAAAUCAGAUUAUCGAGGUCACUCAGGUACUUAAACUCAAUCAGUACCCAAGUACAUUUCCUGACCAGAUAAUCAACAGGUCCUUGGAUUACUAGGACUUUCAGAUAUGCAUCAUGGCUAUUUAGAGUCUAUCGAACGUUAGUCAUUACUUUUCUUCUUAUAUUUGCCUCGUUGACAUUUCUUAGAUUCACAGACAUUGCCGAGGCUAUGGGAUUUCUGCGUGUACCAGACACGAAUGCACCGGAUGCUCCGAGUGAUGGUGUCGUUACAUUUGAUAGCACCGUCGACGAGAAAAACCAACGUCUUUCCACAUUUGAUGCUUUUCUCCCAAAAGAACUUGCUUUGGAAAGAAAGGGUAACUUAACAAUAUGUCCUAUGACACUUGUCACCAAAAUCAUAUUCGCCAAAGAGAGCGGCAAAGGACUCCGCGCGGAACAAGUCUUCUUUAAGAGUGUCGACCAGGAAGCAGAGAAAGUGUUUCCAGUAAAUGUAAAGAGAGAAGUCGUUAUCGCCUCCGGAUCCGCUGGCUCGCCACAGGUUUUGAUGAUGAGGUAAGUUUCUCACCUGCGAAUCUCACAUUCCCGAUAUUGACAUUUCUAACUAUUUUUUGCCAACCAGUGGGAUUGGUCCCCGUGACCACCUUGAAGACAUUGGUGUUCCUGUUGUAUAUGACCUUCCUGGUGUUGAAUCCGAACUAGUAAGCUCCUUCCAUAUUAUUCUAUAUAAGUAGUUGCUUCACUUGACUCACCCACUAAUUGGAGUCAUUCAGACCGAUCAUGUCAGCGUUCCUGUCGCAUGGGAGGUCCCGUUGAAGGAAUCGCUUGCUCAAUUAGCAGUAUCCCCUGUCAUGAAAGGUGGGCUCGAGUUCAUCAAAUAUCUCAUAUCCGGUUCUGGUAUCCUGGGUAUGCCUGUUCAAACUCUUUCACUAUUUGUGCGAUCUUCUUCCCUCAGCAACGACGGAACCAAGCUGCUUACCAGAUCUUCCGAAUCCGAGGCACCCAAAAACAGCAAACGCUCCAGUACAUAUGUGCCCCAAGAUACGAUUGCAGAUAUAGAAAUCAUGCCUCUAGCAGUCAGUUCGAUGGAUAAUCUAGAGGAGCAUAACCGUCUAUACUCAAAGAUUGGUGUUUUCUCUAUGUUGGCUACACUUUUACAACCUCGCUCUAGAGGCACAGUCCGUUUGAGAUCAUCCAACCCUCAUGAUCGGCCAAAAAUCGACUUCGGGCUUCUAUCUGAUCCCGGAGAUAUCAUCACGGCCAGGACUGCUGUUCGGCUUUCCUUGAAGAUUGGACGAGAUAUGAAAGCUUCUGGAUUCCCGCUUUUACGAAAUCUCACAUUCAACGAGGAAGAUAAGGACAAUGAUGCAGCCCUCGACGAAUUUAUCAAAGAAAGGGUGCGAACAACAUACCACUAUGCUUGUAGCUGUCGAAUGGCUCCAGAGAACGAUCCCAUACCUGGUGUGGUUGACGAUGAGUUACGGGUUCAUGGAUUGAGUAAUGUAAGAGUGUGUGAUACCAGCGUCUUCCCUCAAAUAACAUCUGCGCAUCUACAAGCACCAGCGGCGAUGGUUAGCGAGAGGUGCGCUGAUUUUAUUAAAAACGCCUUGUGAGCUAGCUUUGUCGAUAUUGGGAUCGAGGGACGUUUUUGAAGAAAAUCGACAAGGAAGAAGCAUUGAAGUUGCCAAUCUAAAUUUCAAAAUGGUUUCUCAGCAAUAGUGAAGGGUCGAAAGCUUUGAAGGCUUCGAAAACGUUGUCCACAAUGCUUUCCGCUCUGUCCCCCAAUUGUGCUUCAUAAUGAUGAGGUACCACGUGCAAC